AUGACGGUGGCGGUGGCCAUCACCGAUGGAUUAGAAGUUGACGGAAGUGACGUCGUCGACAUUAACAUACGGUGUUCUGGAAUCACGAAGUUUGUCGUUCAUGUGAGCUUGGAUUCGUCUUCUGAUAAUCCAUUUUUUGUCCAGUUCGAGUUUCUCUGUUGGUUACGAUCUAAUGCAACGUUCUUCAACCCACCCCCACCCAUGAAGUUGAUUCAGUGCAGGAUCUUGACAAGGUUGAAUUCUGAAAAGGUAUCAAGUAUGUUUAUGUAG